AUGAAGGCUGACACCAAGCCUCGAUUCAUCAACAAUACAUCUCCCGAAGAUGUGGCUAUUGCCGAGCAGUUCUACGGUGUUCGUAAAACGCUGCGGGUGGCGAUGAUCGGGGCUGGGGUUUCUGGCUUGAAUUUCUUGAAGCUCGCCGAAGAAAAGCUGGACAAUGUGAACAUCAUCUGUUAUGAGAAGAACUCAGACAUUGGUGGCGCGUGGUACGAGAACCGCUACCCAGGUUGUGCUUGCGGCAUCCCAAGUGUGGUAUACCAGUUUCCAUGGCGACCUGCACCUUGGUCCCAAUACUAUUCGCACUCGCCCGAGAUCUGGAAAUACUUGAAAAUGGUCGAACAAGAAAAUAACUUUGUCGAUAAAUACGUCAAGCUCCGCCACAGAGUCAAUGCUCUCGAAUGGAGUGAUGACACAGCUCAAUGGUCACUACGUCUGAUCGAUCGCGCUUCUGGCAAGACGUUCAAUGAUCAUGCACACGUCAUCAUCAAUGGAAGUGGCCUAACAUCCAAGUAUGAUGAACGAACAGAUCUAACCGGAAAACGUGUCGCUCUUCUCGGAGCUGGAAGUAGCGCGGUGCAGAUCUUACCCAACAUCUACGACAAGGUCGACAGGGUCUAUACCUGGCAACGACGCCUCUUUGACGACAGUGACGAGUAUCUCGUCUACCGCGAGCUCAUUGAGGCUGAACUAAGCCAGCGCUUUGGCUUCAUCGUGAAUGGAUCUUCUCCUCAGGCAGCCGCCGACGAGUUCGCAGAUCGUGAGAUGAGAAACAAGCUUUCCAGCCACCCGGAUUUGCUAGAGAAGAUUAUGCCCCGUGAUGUCCACGUUGGCUGCCGCCGACCGACACCCGGCAACGGUUACCUGGAGAGGCUCAGCGGACCCAAGACAGUUGCCUACACGACGCAAUUGCAUCACAUUACCAGGAACGGUUUUAUUGAUCCCGACGGGACGGAACAAGCGGUAGAUGUGAUAGAGUUGCGACCGCGAUCACGCCUAUAA